AUGCCAACGGUAGCCGUCGAUAAGGCUGAUCUUUGGGAGAGACUCGGCCAGGAAUACACAACUGAGGAGUUCGACCAACUCUGUUUCGAUUAUGGAUUGGAGUUAGAUGAGGAUACGACAGAGGAGGUACAAGAAGCGAUCAGGAAUGGUCUGCCUGCUGAGCGUCCUCAAUUGAAAAUAGAAGUACCUGCAAACAGAUACGACCUCCUUUGCAUUGAAGGCAUCGCUCGCGCUCUCCGAGUCUUCCUCGGCAAAUCAGAAGCACCGUUAUACAGACUUGUGUAUCCACCAGGCGGAGAGUCUGCCCUUCUCACCGCUUCUAUCUCUCCUGAAACAUCAAAAAUACGACCGUUGUUUGCGUGUGCCAUUCUUCGGAAUGUCAAAUUUACCCCUCGCUCCUACGCAUCUUUCAUGGAUCUCCAAGACAAACUUCAUCAAAAUAUUUGUCGAAGGCGACAGCUUGUUGCGAUUGGCACGCAUGAUUUAGAUACACUGACGGCACCAUUUCGAUACGAGGCAAGGGCCCCAAAGGAUAUCCAAUUCAUACCUCUUGGAAAAGAUAGAUCUUACACCGCAGAAGAGUUGAUGACUGUAUAUGAGUCCGAAAAACAUCUUGCAAAGUAUUUGCCCAUCAUUCGCGACUCUCCCGUUUAUCCCAUCAUCUACGACGCCCAGGAUCGGGUUCUAUCUAUGCCCCCCAUCAUCAAUUCCGAGCAUAGUAAAAUCACUCUCGACACACGGAAUGUCUUCAUCGAUGUAACAGCGACAGAUCAGACAAAACUGGACAUUGUCGUGAACAUUGUGUCAACAAUGUUCUCAGAGUACUGUCAAGUGCCCUACACCAUCGAACCCGUCAAGGUUGUGUCAGCCAACGGUCAAAGUCACAUCUCCCCGAACAUCUCCAACCAAAAGAGGACGGCCCACGCAUCAUAUGUAAACUCAUGUACUGGUCUUUCUCUCACCUCGUCGGAGGUCUCUGCACUUUUGCAGCGUAUGUCGCUGCACGCCUCGGUAUCUCCAACCAAUCUCGACGAGAUCUUGGUCAAUGUGCCCGCUAUUCGGCCAGACAUACUGCACGAGUGUGAUAUCAUGGAGGACGCUGCCAUCGCUUAUGGGUUCAAUAAUCUUCCUGAUACAUUUCCGUCCACAAAUACUGUUGCACAACCACUAGCUAUCAGCAAGCUGAGUGAUGUUGUUCGCGUGGAAUGGGCGCUAGCAGGAUGGAUUGAAGUUCUCCCGCUAAUUCUUUGUUCGCAUGAAGAAAAUUUUGAGUGGCUGAAUCAUCAGGAUGACGGAAGGACGGCAGUGAAGAUUGCGAACCCCAAAACCCUUGAAUUCCAGGUCGUCCGCACAUCCCUUAUACCAGGACUCCUCAAAACUAUUCGAGAGAACCGCUCGCACGCUUUGCCAAUCAAAAUUUUUGAAACGUCCGAUGUCGUUUUCAAGGACGUCUCAAGAGAGCGGCAGGCUCGAAAUGAAAGACACGCUGCUGCAGUCUGGUGCAAUAAGUCUGCUGGCUUCGAAAUCGUACAUGGCAUGCUGGAUCGUGUCAUGAAGAUGCUUGACAUCCCACGCAUUAGAAGUGAAGACGAUAAAUCGGGGACGGGGUACUACAUCAGGGAAGCAAGUGAUGGUAUGUUCUUCCCGGGUAGGGCGGCUACGAUUUAUUAUCGUCCCAACCCGAGUAACUGCACAGGUUUAUCGUCUGUCGACGAAGCCGUGAAAGGUGAUGUUCAAAUUGGGCGAUUAGGCAUUUUGCAUCCUUUGGUGCUCGAGAAAUUCGAGAUCGGCUUCCCUUGUUCUGCACUUGAAUUCACCCUAGAGCCCUUCAAGGAGCGGAUGCAAAAAGCAUGGACGGACGAGGAAUAUUAG